AUGGACCAGCGACCGAAGAAUAUAAGCAUUUCAUACGUCCCUCAGUGUGACACAGUAAAAUGCUUGCAAAGUGAUAUCAAUACACACCUUCACAUCACUCUUGCAAAGGAUUCAAAUACAGCCAGCUUACGGGAUUAUUAUCUUGCCUUAGCGAAUACUAUAUGGGAACGUUUGAGUCUGCGCUGGCUUCGGUCCAAACAGAACUUUUACAAGCGUGACUUGAAGAGGGUGUAUUACUUAUCACUGGAAUUUUUCAUUGGACGCACACUGGGAAAUGCAAUAUUAAACCUUGGCCUUCGGGACCCGAUUGAUGAGUGCUUGGUUAAUAUGGGACUGGAUCUAGAAGAUUUGGAGGACUGUGAACCAGAUGCUGGUCUAGGAAAUGGCGGACUGGGUCGGUUGGCUGCUUGCUUUAUGGACUCUAUGGCUAAUUUGGGUAUCGCAGCAACUGGUUACGGAAUCCGGUAUGACUACGGUAUAUUUGAACAAAAAAUUAUCAAUGACUGGCAGUAUGAAGAGCCAGACGAUUGGUUAUGUUUCGGUAAUCCUUGGGAACGCGUUCGUCAAGAGUUCUCUUUCCCUGUGAAUUAUUACGGUAAAGUUGAAGUGUACGGCGAUAGACGAAUUUGGACAAAUACCCAAGUAAUCUAUGCAGUACCUUAUGACAGCCCUAUUCCCGGCUACAUGUGCAAUGUCUGCUGCACCCUUCGUCUUUGGGGAUGCAAGGCACCCAAGAGCUUUGAUCUGGAAAUUUUUAAUACCGGGGCAUAUGUUGAAGCUGUAUUACAUCGUAACAUCGCGGAAAACAUUGCACGGGUGUUAUACCCUAAGGAUAACAAAUUUGAGGGCAAAGAGCUUCGUCUUAAGCAAGAAUACAUGCUUGUCUCUGCCGCCUGUCAGGACAUUCUCAGGCGUUAUCAAAUGGUUGACGAGCAUGGCCCGCGGAGAAAAGAUUUUUCUCAGUUUCAUGAAAAAGUCGCCAUCCAACUGAAUGAUACUCAUCCUUCAAUGGCAAUUCCGGAGAUGAUGCGACUUUUAGUCGAUAUCGAAGGUAUGGACUGGAAUCAGGCCUGGGAAAUCGUCCGAAAGUGUUUUGCUUACACUAACCACACUGUUCUUCCUGAAGCUCUGGAGCUUUGGCCGGCUGACAUAGUUGCAAACGUAUUACCUCGCCACUUGGACAUUAUUUUCAAACUGAAUCAGGACUUCUGCGAUAUGUUGCGCGAGAAAUAUCCUGGUGAUGGGGGUAGGGUUUAUCGAAUGUCCAUGUUCAAUGAUGAAGGCUUCAAGAAGCUAAACACAGCUCAUCUCUGUAUCGUCGGAUCUCAUAAAGUGAAUGGAGUAGCUGCGAUACACAGUGAAUUAUUGAAAAACUCUGUGUUCAGAGAUUUUUAUGAACUGUGGCCUGAAAAGUUUUGUAAUAAGACUAAUGGUGUUACCCCGCGCCGUUGGCUUAAACUUUGCAACCCCGCUCUCUCCAAGUUCCUGACAGAAAAGCUGGGCGAAGAAUGGGUUGUCGAUUUUGAUAGGAUAAAAGAUUUGAAGAAAUUUAUCGACGAUGAAGAGGUUCUUCAGGAACUUACGAAAAUCAAAGAUCAAAAUAAGCUUAAGCUCUCCAACUACCUCUUCCAUACUCUGAAUGUUGAGGUCAACCCAAAUACUAUGUUUGACAUCCAGGUAAAGCGUAUACAUGAGUAUAAACGGCAGCUACUGAAUGUGCUUCACAUCAUGACAAUGUACAAUAGGGUAAGAAAGGACCCAAGAAUUAAUAUGGUGGCGAGAACUGUUAUGAUUGGAGGGAAGGCUGCACCUGGUUACCAUAAGGCCAAGCUCAUCAUCAAUCUGAUUAAUUGCGUCGCUAGGAAGAUCAACAACGAUCCAGUUGCUAUUGCUAAGCUUAAGGUGGUUUUCCUCACGAACUACAGGGUGACGUUUGCCGAACAUAUCUUUCCUGGUGCUGACCUCUCACAGCAAAUUUCAACGGCAGGCACAGAGGCCUCAGGUACUGGCAAUAUGAAGUUCAUGAUGAACGGAGCACUCACAAUCGGCACAAUGGAUGGUGCAAAUAUUGAAAUAGCUGAGGAAGUUGGUCAGGACAAUAUAUUCAUUUUUGGCCAUACUCUAGAAGAAAUUAAUGACCUGAGGAGCAAGGGGUAUAAUCCAGGCCCCUUCAUCUCCCACUCCUCAGAACUUCGUGAAUGUCUGGAUCAACUUCGUAAUGGCUUCUAUUGUCCAGAGGAACCAAAUCGCUUUGUGGAACUUUAUAAUGACCUUACAACCCAUGAUUAUUAUUUACUUUGUGCAGACUAUGCAAAGUAUGUAGCCGCACAAGCUGCUGUAGAUGAGGCAUAUAAGGACCGUAACAUGUGGGCGCGCAUGUGCCUAAUGAAUAUAGCCUCCAGUGCCAAGUUUUCAUCGGACCGAGUUAUUGCGGAGUAUGCGCGUGAUAUUUGGGGAGUGCCUUGUGAGCGUCUCACUCUUCCUCCUCCUGUCUUUGAUCCAGCUACCAGUGAUAUAGGCAACUUCAAGCGUUCUUCGCGUCCUUCAAUCGACAACCGUUUUCACACUGUUAGGUGGGUUAAUGUAGUAGUAUAUUUUUUCAAGUGA